AGCUCCGCCCCCGCGGCCUUCCGCAAGCACUUCCGCCGGAAGUCGAGCGGGCCAACAAUAGCGUCGCAUGUUGACGUCACGUGUCCGCCGGAAGUCUGGGGACGCGCCCUGGAGGCGCCGGCCAGGGCAAAGCUGGUUGUUGGCAGAUCCCGGCGCCAGAUCCAGCCUCCUAGGGGAACCAUGUCUCCUGUAGCUUUGGGUGCCACUCGUUGCGCCAGGCGCACGCCACUGCGCAAGAGGAGAUGCAGUUUGAGUUCUCCGUGAAUGUUCGGAGGAGGAACGCCAGAGCUGUCGGCUGAAAGCUAUCCAGAUAAAAGAAAUAUCCCCAGGAUGGACUUUCUGAUUCUCUUCUUGCUCUACCUGGCUGUGGUGCUGCUUGGUUUUGUGAUGAUCUGCAUAGGCUCGAAAACCCAUUACUUGCAAGGCCUGAUCAGCAGAGGAGCACAGAUAUUUUCAUAUAUAAUUCCCGAAUGUCUUCAGAGAGCCAUGCUAAGAGUGCUUCAUUACCUCUUCCAUACAAGAAACUACACCUUUGUUAUCCUGCAUCUCAUCUUGCAAGGGAUGGUUUAUACCGAAUAUACCUGGGAAAUUUUCGGCCUCUGUCAACAGCUGGAGUUCUCUUUGUAUUACCUUUUUCUGCCUUAUCUGCUGCUGAUUGUAAACCUGGUUUUUUUCACCCUAAGUUGUGUAACCAACCCUGGCACCAUAACAAAAGCAAAUGAAUUACUGUUCCUUCAAGUUUAUGAAUUCGAUGAAGUGAUGUUCCCAAAGAACGUGAGAUGCCCUACUUGUGAUUUAAGGAAACCAGCGCGGUCUAAACACUGCAGUGUGUGUAACCGGUGUGUGCACCGGUUUGACCAUCACUGUGUGUGGGUGAACAACUGCAUCGGGGCCUGGAACACCCGGUACUUCCUCUCCUACCUCUUGACGCUGACGGCCUCGGCUGCCACCAUGGCCGUGGUGAGCACCGUGUUCCUGGUCCGGCUGGUGGUGAUGUCAGACGUGUACCUGCAGACCUACGUCGAUGACCUCGGCCACUUGCAGGUUGUCGACACUGUCUUUCUUGUUCAGUACCUGUUCCUGACCUUCCCAAGGAUCGUCUUCCUGGUGGGCUUUGUCAUGGUGCUGAGCUUCCUCUUGGGGGGCUAUCUGUGCUUCUGUCUGUACCUGGCCGCCACCAACCAGACUACUAACGAGUGGUACAAAGGCAACCGAGCCUGGUGCCAGCACUGUCCCCACGUGGCCAGGCCCCCAGCAGCGGAGCCCCAGGCCUACCGGAACAUCCACUCGCAUGGGCUUUGGAGCAACCUUCGGGAGAUCUUUCUACCUGCUACUGCAUGUUAUGAGAGAAAGAAGAAAUAGGGAUGGGAAGAGUGCUGCUGCCUUUCAAAUAUAGUAUACAUUUAUUUAUACAUAUGGA